AUGGGAGGUGCUAUUGGUUUCUAUAUCGACAAAAAUGAGGAAGAUGAUCCGUUGAUGAUGGAAAAGGCGAUUCGCAAGGCCUUAGGAAAUUUGAAGGGUGUUUCUCCCUUCUAUAAAGAGACUGAGGCUGUGGCAAUGGUUAGCAUGCCGAAAGAGGUGGAAGCAGUUACUCAUACUGUAUUUAAAUCGAUGUUCUCUUUUAGCUCGGGUCCAAAGACACAAUCAAAGCAAAGUGGAUGGUCACUGGUCUCCAAUUUGAUGCACCAUAAAAGAGUAGCAGCAUAUAAGGAAGAAGAAACAGAUGUAAAUGAAUUUGCAAAUGUAGAUGCAGCUUUGAACUCAUUUGUUGGUCACAAGACAGCAGAAUCUGAUAACAUCAUUGAGAACACACAAAACCAACUGCAAAAUUUGGAGUUGUGCAUACAAGAUCUACAAGAGUCACUUGAACUCUUUCAAGGCUUUUGA